AUGGCAGCCACCUACGAUAGGUGGAUCCAUCAUGGGGAGCCUUUACAUGCUGAACCUGGAGCUGAACCUGGAGCUGAACCUGGACAUCAACCUGAUGCACACCAUGCUGAUGAAGGCGGCGAGCAUCUAGAAGAUGAUCAUGUUGUGCUAGAGAAUUCUUUUAAUUUGGUGGAGGAGGAUGGGGAUGAGGAUGACAGGAUCCCUGACCUGUUUAAGGAUCUCUACGAGUCCGAACCACAAGGUGAUGGACAGAAUACAAUCUAUGCCGAGCUAAUAGAGGAAGCGAAGCGGUCAGCUAGUGAUGGUGGGACAAUGUCCAGAUUUGCUUUCACCGUGAAGUUACUCCAUGUCAAGUCCUUCUACCGGAUGAGCAACGCCGCCUUGAACGGAAUACUCCAUCUCUUGGCUAUCCAAUACCCCAAAAGCUCAAUUCCCAAAAAUUACGAUGAAGCAUUGAGUAUCAUCGGCAGAUUGGGGCUUGGUUAUGAAUCAAUCCAUGUCUGCCCAAGCAACUGUGUCUUGUUUCGGAAGACGUAUGCCAAGCUUGACAAGUGCCCUAAAUGUGAUGCCUCUAGGUGGAAAGAUGGGGAUGGCAGGAAGCGGAUACUGGAGAAGGAAGUACAAAGAUGUGGCCGUGAUUCAUCGUUCCGUACAACCUCGCCACCAUGGGCAUGUAUGGAUCAGUCCAACUUCAUGAUGGCUUUGUUGAUCCCGGGUCCAGAUUCUCCAGGAAAGGAUUUUGAUAUCUUUAUGGAGCCCCUCGUUGAAGAUUUGUUCAAGCUAUGGAAUGGUGUGCGGACCUAUGAUGCCCCGAGUCCCGAUAAGUUCAAUCUGCGUGCUGCGGUUAUAUGGUGCAUCCAUGAUUUCCCGGCGCUGCACACUUUGUCGGGUAGGCUCACGGCUGGUUAUCAAGCAUGUGUGCGUUGUGACAAGGACCCGUGCUCCCAGAGAAUAAGAAACAAGUUAUGCUGGAUAGGGAGCCGCCGUUUUCUUCCUCUGGACCAUCGUUGGCGAAAAAGCAAAGGGUUCAAUGGCAAUACUGAACCACGUGACCCUCCAGCAGAGUUUACUAAAGAGGAGCUCAAGCAGCAACUUGACAAGGUGAAAGAUGUCAGACCGGGAAAGAAUCAAAGGAAAAGGAAGCGGGAGGAAGGUCAAUGUUGGGACCGGAGGUCUAUUCUGUGGGACCUCCCAUACUGGGCAGAUCUGAAGUUGAGGCACAAUCUGGAUGUAAUGCACAUUGAGAAAAACAUAUGUGACAAUCUGCUUGGGACAUUUAUGAACAUCGACGGGAAGUCAAAGGACACACUUAACUCGAGGCUUGAUUUGGAAGAUAUGGGCAUAAGGGAAGCUUUGCACCUACGGCCUGUUGAUGGGGGAAAGUCGUUUGAGAUGCCGGAAGCAUGGUAUACAAUGACUAAAGAAGAAAAGAUUGCAUUUUGUGAGUUUAUAAGAGCGGUGAGGUUUCCAGAUGGGUAUGCCGCUAACCUCGCAAAGUGCGUGUCUCCCGAUGGAUGCAAGCUCCAGGGGCUGAAAACCCAUGAUUGCCAUAUCCUCCUCCAAAGGAUCUUACCGGCUGGACUCCGUGGAAUAAUGGAUAAAGAAAUAUAUGAAGCGGUCGCUGAGUUGGGAAAUUUCUUUAAAGAGUUGUGCUCCAAAACACUGAAGCUGUCUGUUCUUGAAAGACUCGAUAAAGAAAUCCCAAUUAUCCUCUGCAAACUUGAAAAGAUCUUUCCACCAGCCUUCUUCACCGUGAUGGUUCAUUUGGCGGUUCAUUUACCCAAAGAGGCAAUUCUUAGAGGCCCCGUACAGUACGGCUGGAUGUAUCCCGUGGAAAGAAGGAUGCUUACAUUUAAGCGCUAUGUGCGAAACACGGCCAGACCCGAGGGGUCAAUUGCUGAGGCAUAUAUUGUUGACGAGUGUCUGACUUUUUGCUCUCGGUACUUCGAUGAUCUGGAAACUAGAUUUAAUCGGCCAGGCAGAAAUAUAGAGCGGGAUGAUUCGCAUAGUGGUGAUUUAUCGGUUUUCAGCCAUGGUGUCAAAUUUCUUGGAGGGUCACAAUACUUGGAGGCAGGGGAUGACUACGAGAAGAUGCAUUGGUUGUGCAAGAAGGAACUGGAGGAGCAAGAUAGCCGCAUCAAUGUUCACAAGUGGCUUGCGAAUGGAUUUGCUGGAUGGUUUAAGAAACAUAUUGGAAAAUUGCACGAGGAAGAUAAGGUGAGUGAUGAUCUCUUUGCUCUGGCAUGCGCGCCGGAUAAGAGAGUGAGGGUAUAUACUGCAUGUGUUGUUGAUGGUGUCCGCUACCACACCCUUGACCGUGAGAAAAAUAGAAACACACAGAACAGUGGAAUUGUCACCGAGGGAGAACACGAAAAUACCUUAAUUGACUUCUACGGUCAGCUGAGAAGCAUCAUCAGGCUCCAAUAUAACUCCAGCGGAGGCGUCCAUCGUUCGGUCGUCUUGUUCCGCUGUGAUUGGUUUGAUCUUGGCGGGAAGAAGAAUAGCCGAGUCCGGGAGGAUCGACACUUCAAAAGUAUAAACACCGGAAGGUUCUGGUACAAGAAUGAUGCUUUUAUCCUAACAACACAAGCAACAAAGGUCUUCUAUCUUCCUGACACUGAUUUGGGUGGCCAUUGGCGAGUUGUGCAAAAAUUCCAGCAUAGACAUUUGUGGACUGUGAAGGAAAGUGAAGUGGACAAGGGUCCCGGUGGUGGUUCGCUAUCUUACCAAGAUGAUGACACACCGGAAGUUCCAGUGCUAACCCGAGAACCCACUGUGGAGACCAGAUCGCAAAGGCGCCGUGAACAAAUGUUAGUUGAUGCAGCGGUUGUGGAAAGAAUGAGGAAAAGAAGGAAGGAGGUAGUGGAACUACAGGAAAGCGACGAUGAAGUAGAUCAUACAGUACACCAAUACUGUGAUGAUGAUGAAGAUAACAGGCAGUUCGACGAUGAUUAG